GAACCUCGCUCCGCCGUCCCGCAGCUCCGCCCGCCGUUCCAGGGUCCCAGGGCUGUGUCCUAUUGGGGUUUAGGACGGAGUGCCACAUCCAAGUCCCCUUGUCACCUCUCUGCUGACUGGCAGGAUGUGGUGCCAGAGGCUGGCGUGGCUGCUCCGGGGCCGGCGUGGGAGCACUGGACAUCGCUGGCCGGGGCUGCCCCGGGGCCCUGGGCCUGUCCUGGCUGUCCCUGCACGCUGCCACCCCACGGCCCCAGCGUCCCCCUGCUGUGCCUGGCAGCUGCACCAAGACCAUCUCGAGCUGAGGUACGGCAGCACCGUGAUGCGCCUGGAUUUCGUGUGGCUGCGGGACCACUGCCGCUCCGCCUCCUGCUACAACGCCAAGACCAGCCAGCGCAGCCUGGACACGGCCAGCGUGGACCUGGCCAUCCAGCCCCAGGCCGUGCGGGUGGACGAGACCACACUCUUCCUCACCUGGCCGGAUGGACACGUGACACGGUACGGGCUGGAGUGGCUGGCGAGGAACAGCUACGAGGGGCAGAAGCAGCAGGUCAUGCACCCCCGCAUCCUCUGGAAUGCUGAGAUCUACCAGCAAGCCCAGGUCCCCUCCACCGACUGCCGGAGCUUCCUGGAGACAGACGAGGGUCUGAAGGAAUUCCUGCAGAACUUCUUGUUGUACGGGAUUGCUUUCGUGGAGAAUGUCCCUCCCACCAAAGAAGACACAGAAAUCUUGGCAAAGAGGAUCAGCAUAAUCAGGGAGACCAUUUAUGGCAGGAUGUGGUACUUCACCUCUGACUUCUCCCGGGGAGACACAGCCUACACCAAGCUGGCCCUGGACCGGCACACAGACACCACCUACUUCCAGGAGCCCUGUGGCAUCCAGGUGUUCCACUGCCUGAAGCACGAGGGCACGGGCGGGCGGACGCUGCUGGUGGACGGGUUCCACGCGGCCGAGCAGGUGCUGCACCAGGCCCCAGAGCACUUUGAGCUGCUGGCCAAGGUGCCCCUCAAACACGAGUACGUGGAGAACGUGGGCGGCUGCCACAACCACAUGAUCGGAGUGGGGCCGGUGCUCAACGUCUACCCCUGGAACAACGAGCUUUACCUCAUCAGGUACAACAACUACGACCGUGCCGUGAUCAACACGGUGCCCCAUGACGUGGUGCGCCGCUGGUACCACGCGCACCGCGCCCUCACGGCCGAGCUGCGCCGGCCCCACAACGAGCUCUGGGUCAAGCUGAAGCCAGGCAAGGUCCUGUUUGUGGAUAACUGGCGUGUCCUGCACGGCCGGGAGGCUUUCACCGGCUACCGGCAGCUCUGUGGGUGUUACCUGACGAGGGAUGACGUGCUGAACACUGCCCGCCUGCUGGGGCUGCAGGCCUAGCCCGGCCUCCAGAGAGCCAGGCAGCCCCAGCCCCACCUCUGGGAGAGGCAGGACCCUCCCAGUGCCACUGCCAGGAGAGGCAGCCCCCAGACUCACCUCUGCGAGUUGCUGGCAGCCCCCAGUCCCACUUUUGGGAGAGGCCAGAGCCCCUCAGUGCCAGCCCUGGGAGAGGCAGGAGCCCCCAGCCCCACCAGCCCCACUCCACACCAGGCCAGCUGGGCUGGUGCCUCCCCAGGUGCUCCAGGCCCUCUGUGACACUGCAAUACCUCAGGCACCUCCACCCUCUCCAAGCAGCUCCCAGGGCCUGCUCAGGCCAGGGGGCAGGUGGAAACCAAAGGUUGUGGUACCAUUUUUUGGGAUCACACUCUGCCUUUGAGCACAGGCAGCUCUUGCUGUCCGUGCUCCCAGCCUGGCCCUCCCAGCCAGAGUGGCUCAGUUGUGGUUAAUCCCACCACAGUAAGUGCUCCUCCAAGCAAGUGCCUUCAGGGUUCACUGUUCGGCCUUUUUUUCCAGCUGCCAGUUUUAGGGGACUUUUAGCAGAGCAGAAUGGAAAUCUCUGGGAUCUUGUCUCUUAUCACUGAUGAAGCAGCCAAGUUGCCUGAGAGAGGGCCUGGAGAGAUCCUGGUGUGCUUUGAGCAUUUCUGAGAAGGUUUAGGUUAGAGAAGGAAGAGGGAAGCACCAAGAUGUUCAUGUUGUGAAGCAGAGAUGACAAUGUUACAUGAGGGAUGGAAUUCCCACUUUUCCUGGACUUCCAGGACUGCCAUGCUGCUGUUCCCUCUGCCAGGUGCACUGCACUUGUGUUGAGGGCAACACUCAGCAGCCCCAGGAUUUCUGAUAAAUUUCCCACCGUGCCUCCUCUUCCAUCCUUUCUUAAGGAAUUGGUGUUAGGUCAUCAUCAUACUCUCUAGUACAUGAAACUCACUCUUUGGGUGUAUUUUUUCCCAAAAUUCUCCUCCUCUGAAUGUAACUCAGAGGUGCCUUUCAGCUCCUGGGAUCUGGCAGGCUGAAGUGCCACAGGGUAAGGAACAAAAGCCAAUCCUGCUGUUAGACAUUUUUCAUUCUGCCAUAUCUUUUGGGGUGUUCCCUCUGCUCUGACCAGACCCUAAAGCCGGGCUGGGCCCCUUCACCCCUGGCUGUGCUGUGUGAGGUGCUCUGUCCUCAGGGCAGGGGCAGUGCAGGUGUACUG